GAGGCUGGCCUUGAGCAUUUAGUUCCUCGUUUGGGAUCCAAACAUAGCCGGACCGCGGACGCGAUGGUCAAAGAAAUGUGCGAGCUCGCCGCCGUGUGCGUAGGCCUGGUGGGGCUGAUCGGGGCGGCCGCCACCACCGGGAUGCCCACGUGGAAGGUGACGGCCUUCAUCGGGGAGAACAUCGUGGUGAUGGAAAGCCGCUGGGAGGGCUUGUGGAUGAACUGCUACAGGCAAGCCAACAUCAGGAUGCAGUGUAAGGUGUACGAUUCCCUCCUGUUCUUGCCCGCCGAGCUCCAGGCAGCCAGGGGCCUCAUGUGCUGCUCCCUGGCCUUGUCGGGACUGGGGCUCCUGUUGGCUACGUUGGGAUUGCGCUGCACUUCCUGCUUCCGCGGUAACGACAGAGUCAAUGCGGCCAUCUUGUCGGUUGCCGGCGGCAUGCAGCUCCUGGCUUCCGUUUGCGUCUUCAUCCCCGUGUCAUGGACGGGACAUGUCAUCAUCCGGGACUUCUACAACCCUCUGCUGAUCGACGCCCAGAGGAGGGAGCUGGGAGACGCGCUUUACAUCGGCUGGGUGACCGGCGCCUUUCUCUUUAGCUCCGGCUUGUUGUUCCUCUGCGGUCUGCGGACGUCGGACAAAAGGUCCUCGGACGUGUCCCACCCCACCGUGCUGAGGAAGCCCGUUGUGAUGGACUACCAGCCUAUCCGGAGUCUCUCCAGCAUCACACCCUACGCCAUCCAGCAAGGCCCAAACAGUCACUAUCUCAUCGAUCAGAGUGACGCCGUCAUGCUCAACCCGACCGGAAGCACCUCCCGCUCGUAUCAAGGCAGCGCGGCCCAACAUUCGUCCCUGAGGCACUCAAACCCGCUGGGGAGCAUCUACACGCCGGUCAACUCCUUAUAUUUGAGCCAGAACAGCACGCCAUACACACUCACGUACAACCCCAGCAUGUCCUAUCAAUCCAGCUUCCACCCCGCACCUCAAACGCCCGUUUUCAUUCCAUAUAAAUCAUCCAGAAUUGAUCCGUCAUCUUACAACGGGAGCAGCCCAGGCAUGUACAUCUGAACAAAACGCAACCAUUGCAAGCGUGUUCAUGUCGGUUUGAAACAAAGCUUUGCGAUUACAUACCUGAACCCUGUUUUUGCUUCGUCUUGUGCUACACUGGAACUUGCCGCGAGCAGCGAAAAUACGUGAGAAAUUGAUGCGGACCCUAAAAGGUUUGCAUUUGCCUAUAGACACCAUAAGGUAGCGCCAAACCAAUAUCUAUUUUAUUACUCGCUACAGAUUUGACUAAUAACAGCGAAUAGGUGAGUUUGGUUAACAGGCAACGUUUUGACAACGUAUGCUUAUGACUUGUGUUAAUGAAGAACAAACGGUGGAGGCUAACACGUGGUGGAUACGCGGGAUGCCAUUUUGUUGAGAUUUACAACUAAAUUGUCACUGUUGUAAAAAUGUACUACGUACAGGCAAUGAUUUCGGUAACAUCUUAAAAUUCACAAGUGUUUGACGACAAAGUAAUACGAAGUCAACAAUGGUUUUAAAAAAAAAAAGGAAAAAUAAAUACAACUAAAAUGUAACAAUCUCCAUAAUUACAUUAUUAUUAUUAUUGAAUUGGAUUCGGGGUUAAAAUACAUCAGCUGUGAAUAAGCUACUGAAAUAUUUGCAAUUUGUGGAGAGUAUCAUCUGCAGUGUUACUUCUCACCACAUGGUGACGCCAAAUCACAGGAUGAAACUGGACUGCGCCUCUCAUUGUCAUUUCUUUUCAGUUUGAGCGAACAUUUGAGCAGCCGUUAUUCUCUACAAAUUAGAACCUCACGAUGAAUUUUUCAUCAAUCAAGUGGUCAUCAAGAUGGCUAUGUUUUUAGUUUUUAUUAUUUAUUUAUACAAAACCACAUUUCAAAGUAGUUGCAAGGUGACAUAUUUCCCUACCGUACUGUUUUAAGAGAAACAAGUAACAUUUUGGGGACAGGGUAUCAAAUGGAUCAUUCCAGAUGGGUGAAUUGAAAACCUUUUGGGUUCAAAAAUGGGGAAAAACUUCAAAGCAAAUUCAGCUGAAUUCGGUUCAAGGCGUAGCUGUUGGUGUCCAUUUUUUUUUACAUGAUGUGUUCUGUUGUCUUAUUGUCCUGUGAUGGUAAAUAAAGCUCUUUGUUGCAGCUGAAAA